AUGUCAUCGCUGGUGAAGGAAGACUUGGAGAAAAAACUGUUCAAGCCGCUGGCGCAGAAUCUCUGCGAGUUUAUUGAGAUCGAGUUCUCGGUUCAGGACAGGUAUUACCUCUGUGUGUCAGUGACCAAAACUGACGAAGUGAAGAUUAUCAUGGUGAAGCAUUACAGAGUAGGUCUAGAUGAAAAGUACGAAGUAACAAAGAAGUGGUCUUUGGAUGAUCUUCAGAUGAUUGACGGAAAAGAAGCUGAUACCGACAAUCCGUUUUUUGAUCUGCACUUCAAGAAAGUGUACAGCCUGGAGGCCUACAGCUGUGCCUCUAAGUACUCCUUUGCUCGAACGGUGAACCGGCUGAACCAUGUGUAUCUUAAGAAGGACUUGCACAUCGUCAACUUCGAUUCGACUUACAUCAACGAUGACUCCAUUUGGUCCUCCAACAACAAGGACUGCCUGGUCCUCAUGAGAAUAUGCUUUUAUGCUUUCAAUCUUGUGUGCUUGUCCCUAUGUCCCCUGCCACUUUGA